AUUGUUAUGAGUAUUUAUAAGAAAUAUAUUAAAAACCAUGUGGUACGCGUGCGUGGUAAACAAGUAUCCCGAUUUUUUAAGUCAUUCGGUCUCAAGAAACUUCUGCUGCCUGUGUUCAUAGGGGCGCAAAUUGUCAAAUCCGUUAUAAUUGCCAUGUUCUUACCAAGCAUUCUUGGUGGUCUUGGUAAAUUAGUUGGAAAAGGUUUAUCAAGUUUCUCUGGUGCAUCUGGCAGUUCAAAUCAUGGGCAACCAAUGGAUGAAUUUGAUUUUAAAGAUCCAGCAAAUACAGAUUUCCCACCUGAUGAGCCGACGGGUACUGGUGAUAAUAGCUUACAAGAUUAUACAGCUGCUGGAGAUUCCAGCUUUGGCUAUCCACAACAAAGUAUGAAUAAAAUGCAAACAGCAAUGGCAAUGUCUGGCUUACAACAAGCAAUGAACAGGUACAGUGCUGGCGGGCAUAAAGUCCAAUAUUUACCUCAACAAAACGAAAAUUACUACAUCCAUAAACCAAUACGAAAUACUCAACAAAAUUUCAAAGUAUUCCACAAAAUACCAUCAUCUUCGCUUUUACUGACGUCAUACGAUCCAUUCUAUAGUCCAUUACUAUCCCGACUGGAUGCGAUCUUCAAGCAAAUGGGUAUAGGACACCAUAGUGAAAAAUGUCGUGAACGUAUGGUAUGCUUAAUGUACGCGAAUCCUGCAAAAUAUGCACCAUACAGUAAUUUGAUAUCAGCUCAACUUAGUCGAGAAUUAAACGAACUUCGAAAACCAACAUCGGAUAACCCAGAUAUAUUACGAUUCUUCAAAUAUAUGAAGGCGGCAAAAGAUGGUCAGGAUGGUAAUCCUGAUUGUCCACAGCAUUUAGGAUGUCCAGAAUUAACAGUAGCAAAAUCGAGUCCAGCAAUGGUUACAACAUACAAUGAAAUUAAUAAACUUGUAUUAGCAAGAAGUUUGAAAUAA